AGACGAAGGACCAGAGUUUGCAUGCACCUUUAUGUGGUGUAAGAGACUGAAGGGUGUCUUGGCUUAAAGAGGGCAGAUGUGUGGCUUGUUUGUUAAGCAGAGCAGGUUCAAACACAGUCACUUUGGCGCUACCGGUAUGCUUCGGGGUGGCUGUGAAUGCACAGCAGCAGACCUAGAGUAACACGGAGGUGCUUUUCCUCCCACAAGUCUUGACUUAAAACCUCACAAGCUGGCUGAUCAUAUGAUGUUGCUUUCAAGCGCCUGGAGGGGAGAUGGCACCUUGCAAAAGCAUCAGUCCUAAUCCAGCAGGCGAGGACUUUUUCUAGAUAAACAGCUUAAACAUCCCUUUCCAAACUUCACAAAAGCUAACGGAUCUGCCCGAGAGGCGCCAAUGGAGGAGGAAAGCCUGUGCACUUCUCUGCCGGAUGUUGUAGAAGCAGAACUGCCACAAGACUCGCAGACCUUAGCUGAUCAGAGCAUAAAUGGUGAACAGGAGGACCUGGUGUUUGGUGAGGAGGCAGAGAUAAACCAGACAGAGGAGGAGAACAAUGCCUCACACAAAUCUGUAGAGGUGGAACAGUUUGAGGAAACCUUGUGGUCUCUGCAGCCCAUCACCUGCACACGAUCCUCUCUUUCUUUUGCCACUGUGGGAUGGGACAUGCCCAACUCCUCUGCAGUGAUGACUUCCUUCAUGACUGACAGCAGCUUGGCCAAUGAGCUUUACUCUGAGGGUGUGACAAGUCUAAGCAGCACUUCCUUCUCUCAUCACCAUCAGCCUCAAGAUGUUACUGUCGUACCGUUCAAACAGGAGGACAAAGAGGAGCAAGAUGAGGUUGAUACACAGCCUCUAAACUCAGCUGCUGAGAGUGCUGGAAAUGACUCUAAGCCAUGUGAUGCUGUAGAUGUGAAAGAGCCUACGAAACAGGAAAAGGAAGAUUCAGCAGCCGAGCAGUUUGAAAGUAAUGAUGAAAUUGCACAACGUAUAGAUUCAGAAGAAAACGAGGAAUGGUCUGUAACGUCAGACGAGGACUCGUCAGAAACUACUGAGAGUCAAUGUUCAUCAGAAGCAGUGGACGCCUUUUUAGAUGUGAAACUAAAAAAGGAACAAGAGGUCGGCGUUCUGCUGAGUGAGCAAGAAGACUCGGAAGGAGAACAGAGCCCAAUGAAUGGUGUUGAGAGUGACGGAGCGAAGGAGGACUGGAACGAGGUUCAGGAAGAGCAUGGUUCAAGCAACGUUUCCAACGAGGAGGAACCAGCUUUAGCCGAUAGUUUUGAGACUGAACAAGAACAUGAGAAGGAGAGUGAGGGACAAGAGCAGCAGAGUUUUGCUGCUGUUUCCUACGAGGAGGAACCAUCUGUAGCAGAUUGUGUUGAAACUCAGGAAGAGCAUCAGGACGUGAGCGGGGUUGAGGAACAGCAGAGUUUGACCAACGUUUCCAACAAGGAAGAAAGGGAGGAGGCACAAACUGUCACCUCUCUGAGUUAUCUGGAAGUACAUGAAGAAGUGCUGCAAACUGACAACACCAGAAUAAACGCACCAACUGAUAGGCUGAAAGAUCUACAAGCGCUGGAGCUUUCAGAGGACGGGGAACAUUCAGGGGAUAAGGAUGACAUAGAGACACCGGAUUGGUUAGGUGACGAUCUCUCUAGGCUGCCUGAAGAAAUGUGUGAAGAUGUAGAUGAGAAAGUAGACCCUGAACUGUCAGAGUCCGAGGAUAAUAAUGAGGAAGUAUCAGAACAACUGGCAGAGAAAGCUGAGGACGUAGAAAAUUCCCCUGAGAGGGUGGAAGAGGCUGAAAAUCUGGAAAAGUCAAACUCUUCAGAGCAACAGAAGUGUGAUCAGGACAGAGUGGAUUCACUGCAGCCCGAAAGCUCAGCGUCUGAAUCAGGCGAAACGGGUGAAGAGCCCAAGCAGAUGCAUGCAGAAGACUCCGAUCAGUCAGAGCAGCGUAUGGACCAGUUGCCAGUGAUGGCAUCCCCAAACCGGUUAACCACUCUAGAAAUUCCAGAGGAUCAAAUAGAACAGAGAGUUUGUGAUGAAGCUAAGGGGUCCACAGUCGCAGGUAAUCCAUCAGAGCAGAACGAGCUGCCCCAGCAAACGGCCUGCUCAUCUGAGGAGCCUGGACCAUCAGACAAGAUGUAUGAGUCAGAAAUGGCAGAACAGCUGUCUCCUGAGACUGAGGCUCCGCUGGAGAACCAGGAGGCAGAGUUAAACCACAUGGACCAACAGGCUGAGAUGCCGGAUCAGACAGGAGAUGAUAAUUUUCCUGACAAUGGGAAUGCACUAGAUGUUGUGGCUAAUGGAGAUAAACAUGAUGAUUCAGUGGUGCCUUACAUUAACAGAGGAGAGGUGGAGAGAGACAAGGCCUGCCAACUUGCUGAACAGCUCUUUAAGCUGGAAAAUAUCCAACGCUCAGAUGUGGUGAAACAUCUAGACAAAGAUAAUGACUUCAGUCGUGCUGUUGGAGAGCAAUACCUCAAAUUCUUUGACUUCUACAGCCAAACUCUAGAUCAAGCCCUCAGAUCUUUUCUGAAGGUGGUCGUAUUGAUAGGGGAGACCCAGGAGAGAGAAAGGGUGCUGCAGCAUUUUUCCAACCGCUUCCACGAGUGCAACCCCGACUCUUACUCCUCCUCAGGGACCGUGUUGGCUCUGACCUGCGCUAUGAUGCUUCUCAACACUGACUUGCAUGGACAGAAUGUAGGAAAAUCCAUGUCUUCCUCUAAGUUUGUGACCAACCUGGAUGGGAUGAAUGAGGGAGGGAACUUCAGCAAGGAGCUGCUGAAAAGUCUUUAUAAUUCCAUCAAGAGUGAACCGCUGGAGUGGGCUGUGGGUGAGGAGGAGCUGAAGAACUUGGUAGACGAAAGUGCAGGAGAUGAUGCUCCUCUGCGUUUAAAAUCCAACCCAUUCUUGGAUGUUCCUCAGGACAAAAAGGCCUCUGUGGUCAAACAAGGAUUCUUGCAGAGGAAGCUGCAUGCUGACAUCAAUGGAAAGCGAACUCCCUGGGGGAAAAGGGGAUGGAAAACUUUCUUUGGAGUUCUGAAAGGAAUGACCCUUUACUUACAGAAGGAUGAUUAUCGCAGAGAUCAGCCAGUGAACGAGGACAUGGUAGGAGUCCAUCACUCCCUGGCUGAGCCGGCAGCUGAUUACACCAAGAAGCCGCAUGUUUUCCGCCUGCAGAUGGCCGAUUGGAGGGUUUUUCUCUUCCAGGCCCCAUCCAAAGCAGAGAUGAAUUCAUGGAUCAGCCGCAUCAACUUGGUUUCAGCUCUUCACUCGUCUCCUCCGUUCCCUGCUGCUGUCGGCUCCCAGAGGAGGUUCUUCCGGCCAAUCCUUCCCGCUUCAAAGUCUGCGCACCCUCUGGAACGUCAGCUACAGUGUCACUCGGGAAAGCUGGAUUCCUUCAAAGCUGACUUGUUGUAUCAGCAGGAGAACCCCCCAGACAGUAAAAAGGCUAAAGCUAGGGAUCUGGAGGAACAACGUGUGAGAACCGAGUACCUGCAGUACGAGGUCUGUCGCUAUGAGACCUACAUCCAGGUGCUGGAAGCCUGGAAGAGCGUGCAGAAGACGGAGGACAAGGCGUUGGACAACGCCAACCUGAACCUGUUCGACAAGGCUGCCUGUGCAGACUGCAAGGAGGAGGAAGACAAGGAGGAAACUGGGCUUAAAAGGUCUUACUCUAGUCCUUCCCUGGACCUUGAUCUGGCCCCUCCGACAAUAAUCAAAGUUAAACGCAAUAUCUCAGAGAGACGGACUUAUCGCAGGACCAUCGUUCCUCGAUUCAAUAAAGAGGCCUGACAUAAAACGAGCUGUUUAUUCCCUAAGAAGACCCACGUUCAGACAUUUCUGCUAGUGGAAACGUCAAAAAAUCCUCCAAAGAUCCAUGGUAAAGCUUCCUCAGGAAAUAUGUAAUUGUUUUUGUCUUGUUUACUUUGCCACAAAUAGGAAAUGCCUAACAAACAAUCUCCUCUUUUAAGUGGUCUAGAAAGUGUUGGACAUAACUUAUUUAGUUUUGUCAGAAUUUUCAGGUCUUUCCAUGACCUAAAAUAUUGUGGUACCAGCAUUUAUAAUGUUUUACUUUGGUCAAAGUGUAUGCUUUGUGUUGGGUUAUAAUCUUUUUUUAUAAUGUUUACCACAAGAGGGUGCUGUAGAACAGUACAUGUCUGAGUAAAUGAAGCCAUAAAGACGAGUUGCCAUAGUUUUAUUUUCAUAUUGCACUUUUUCAUUUAUAGUUCUAUAUGUUCUUUUGAAAAUGUUAAAAUGUCGAUAUUAUGAUUUUUAUCAUCUAUGAAUUUCUCUCUUAGAUGCUUUAAUUAAAUGAAGGACUUCUAAAAUAACAUAAAAUGUUACCUUGCCCCUUUUUUUACACAAAACUUGGUUUGAAAAUUAUACAGCAUUUUAAAAAGCAACACAAUCUUAAAGACUUUUUCAGGACUUUUGUCAAUUAAUCCCAUAAAAAGCUCAAACUGUGAAAUGUGCAUCAGUGAAGGUUAAAUUUGACUGAUAAAUCAAUAAAGUAUUUAAAGCAAAUAUAAAAGGCAGGGUUUGGAACACAUUGCCUUCUUAAUUACA